AUGAUGGGUCGGAAGACAAUGGAGGCAAUUUCUUGGCUGGUUGAUGAGGUCGAUAUUGCUGAUCGUGUGACUCCGGAGGAAUACGUGGUUGAAUAUGGUGCUAUGUUAGCUGAAAUGUUUCGCAUGUGUGAUAGCAUGCCAGGAGCGGAACGUCUCGUUCGACAUUUGGCAAGUAAAGGUGUUCCCAUGGCCAUUUGUUCGGGAUCCUGCAGCCGUACUUUUGCAUUGAAAGCCGAAAAGCACAGGGAUUGGAUUGAUUUGAUACCUAUUCACGUGCUUAGCGGCGACGAUAUACACAUUAAAAGAGGCAAGCCGUUCCCGGAUCCUUUUCUCGAAACAAUGAAGAGGUUCUCAGAGCCACCCACCGAUCCAUCUCAUGUGCUCGUUUUCGAAGACGCUCCUAAUGGUGUGAAAGCUGCUCAUGCCGCUGGAAUGCAAUGCGUGAUGGUGCCAGAUCCAGUUUUCCACGAGGGAUCGAAACUGCUAUGUGUGGAAAAUGUGCUCUCUAGUCUUGAAGAGUUCAAACCAGAAGAAUUUGGAUUGCCGGCUUUCGAUGUCGGCGUACAUAAAUGA